UUUUGUUUCAGUGAACCUGCUGAUAUAACUAGUGUGGAUCUCAAAUCACAAGCAGCUGAACUUUUAAUACCCGAAAGUACACUUGCCAACCUCCGCAGAGUACACACAUAAAACAGUCAGAGGGAUGGGCACCCGAGGAGCGCCCACUCUGUUCACUGACAAAGCUUUGGCAGGCGUUCCCAAGCUUCUGGAGGAUCUGCAGCGAUUAGCUGAUGAUCGAGAAUCUGCCGAUAUUGUCUUUCUUCUUGGCAGAGAGGAAAUACCUGUUUACGCUCACAGAAUUAUUUUAAAAGCCAG